AAAGAAAAAAAGAAUAAAUAUUAAAACAACAACAUAUAUGUAUAUAUAUAUAUAUUAAACAAUAAUUUUUAUCUAGUGAAAAUAAUAAUGGCAGUUAAAGAAAAAUCAAAUGAACCAACGGAGGAUUUUGAAUGGAAUGUUGAAAAUGAAAUUCAACUUUUUUUUGCAAUGAAUGGUCACAAACCCGUUGGUAUUCAUAAAUAUUUUCACAUGCUGUGUAUUUGGGAAAAAUUUCGAACAGCUAUUAAUAAAGAUAUUUCUUUAAAAGCUAUUUGGGAUCAUUUAGAAUCAAUGUAUGAUUUAGUCGCAUUGGAUGACACUGAAGAUUUACCAUAUCUUAGUAGUGAAAUAGAUUUUACAUUACCAGAAUCUGAUUUUAUGGAUCUUAUGAAAAAUAAACAAAAAGACGAAAUCGAAAAUAAAGCAAAGGAUACCAAAGAUAAAAGUAAAGAUACUAAAAAAGAUAAGGAAAUUAAAGAAACUCCGAAGCGGGAGGUUAUAACGAAAGAUCAAAAAACACCAAAAGAAGUGGAUAAAAAAAAAGAAGAUCCUAAAAAAAUUAUUAAAGAAGUUGAAAUAAAAAAGGAAAAGCAGAGAGAAGUUAAAGAAAUAAAAAAAGACAAUAAAUUGAUAAAAAAUCGUGGUAAAGGAAAAGAAGAAGCUGAUGAACCAACUCCAGUUAUUCAAGCAGCGAAAAAAGAGAGAAAAGAUUCAGAUGCCAGCAGAGAAACUCCUAAACGAGUACCAAAACGACCAACCAGACAAAGUAUUGACAAUGCCAGUAAAGCAUCAUCGAGUCCAAGAGAUACUCCGCCACCCAAAAGAAGGAGAACAUGAACGCAUUAAAUAUAAAAACAUCUUCUUUUUUAAUAAUAAAACUAUUAUUAAUAUUAUUCUUAAUUCUACUUAAUGUUUACUACACUAUACUCAACCAACUAUUCAUAUUAUGUAAAUAAAUUAAUUUUUUUUAUAUCCAAUAAUAAUAAUAAUAAUAAUAAUAACUGUUUAAAGAAAUGGGUAUUAAGUUUAAUGAAAAAAUAAAAAUGAAACAAAUUGUUUUUUGCGGUUACCAAUCAUCAAGUUUUAUUAUUACAUAAUUUCGUAGCAUUAUUUAGUUAAGAAAUAAUAUAAUUAUAAAUUUUAAUCAAUAAUAAUUCUUCAAAUAGAUAAAUAUUUUUGGAUCUUGAGUUUUACAAUAAAUUGAUAA